AUGCUGUACCCUAACCCCAAAACCCCCUCCCCCACAAACCCCUCAUAUCUGCACCCCCGCUACGAAAUCCGCACUCUCACCACCGCCCACGCGCAAUGGGCCGCCGCCCUAAUCGCGCACGCAUAUACCUUCGACUCCCCCGUCUGGCCCGUCCUCUACCCUAUAGACAAAUCCGCCCUCAUGCGCACCGUCUUCACUGCGUGCGCGUACCUCGUGCAGCACCAGAUCGACUCGGGCAUGAGUUUCGGCGUGUUCGACACGGAGUGGACAUACAGCAGUCACGAGGCGGCGCUCGCAGGGGGGAAGUUAAGUUGGGAUGAGGACAUGCGCGAUGAGAGUGGGGUGGUGUUUUUGGCGGGUAUGGAUUUCCCGCUGGUGUCGGUGGCGAUGGGGUUUGAUGCGUGCGAUGCGCUGGAUAUAGAGAGGCUUAUGCCGCUGUUGACGACGUUGCCCGCAUUUCCGGACUUCGUGGGACGAGAAUAUUAG